AUGACUACUAUUACGUUUGAUUGUAUUGUUCAGGGAGAAAGUUUACCUUUCAAAAUUGAUAUUGAUAUUUGCAAAAGGAUUUUUGAACUCAGAAAAAAGGUUUAUUAUAGUUUACAUGAAGAAUCCGCACCUAAAAUCGAAGAUAUCGUUUUAUGGAAACAACAGCGACUUAAAACCUUAACAAUUGAAAAACUUAAAAUUCUUGGGUGUGAAUGCGAAGAAUUAUCAGAUACUACCGAAACUAUUAAAAAUGCUUUCAAAUUACCUCUCAAGCAAAAUCAUACACAUAUUAUUGUAUCCAUUAAAAUUAAGCUUAAAUGUAUUAUUCUGGGAGAAACUUCUACAUUUCCUGUCAAAGUUAAUAUUAAUGAUGAUGUUUAUACACUCAAAAAAUCUAUUCUUAAAGAAAUUAAUUUUCCUAAAAACAAAGAUCUCACUUUAUGGAAAGUUAAUGUUACAAUGAAUGAUGAAAUAUUUGAAAAAAACGAAGAAGAGCUUAAAUGUAAAUGUAGAAAAUUAUCAGAUAUUUUAGAAACUGUUAAGAAAAAACUGAAGUGGAUAAAAAUAAAUGAUAUUAAUGUUUAUACCAAAACAUGGAAGGCAGAGAAAGACGAACCAAAAGCAUAUAUAACUUUCCUCCAUGGUCAUGCUGAUCGCAUUGAUUUUCACGAUCACGUAUUCUCUAAAUUUAGUGAGGCGGGGAUUGAAGUUAAUGCAUUUGACCGACGAGGACAUGGUCGAACAUGUAAAGAAGUCGGAAACCCUAUAAUUGGAGGGAGUUGGAAAGAUGCAAUUAAAGAUAUAACAGAAUUUAUAGAGAAGCAAAAUAGGAAAGAAGGAAUUCCUCAUUAUUUGAUGGGACACAGUAUGGGAGGUGCGCUUGCUCUUUAUUACGCCGCAGUAUGUGAUCAACCGCUUGAUGGAUACAUUGCGCUCUCGCCUCUGCUUAAAAUCGUAUCUGUACCUCUGAUCUUUCAUGUGGGAAGGUUAUUCAAUAAGUUGUUGCCUUAUUUUGUAAUAAAGAUUGAUGAUAAGCCUGAAAAAUUUGCCAGUAACUUUUCUUUUUCUCAAGUUUUUGUGGACAAAAACUUUAAAAAUGAUAAGAAACGUCAUCUUCCUAUCCUGUUAAUGUAUGGAGUUGGUGAUAACGUGUCAAAAACUGUUGCUAUUAGUAAUUUUUACAACUUAAUAGAAGAUUCAGUUGAGAAAAUAAAGGAAAAUGUACAUUUUGGAAAUAACAAAAGUGAAGUGAUUAAUUAUUGCAAAAAUUGGAUUUUAUCCGGUGGCAAACACGUUGAAAGUUCCGAAAAUG